UCUCCCUAAGCAACAUUGUCCCAAGUGAGACGCACAGCCAUGGGAUCAUAUAAGAGUUCUGUCUUCAUCUUGGUCCUUCACCUUUUAGAAGGGGCCCUGAGCAAUUCCCUCAUUCAGCUGAAUAACAAUGGCUAUGAAGGAAUUGUCAUUGCAAUUGACCCCAAUGUACCAGAAGAUGAAGCACUCAUUCAACAAAUAAAGGACAUGGUCACUGAGGCAUCUCCAUACUUGUUUGAAGCUACAGAGAAAAGAUUUUAUUUCAAAAGUGUUUCCAUUCUGAUUCCUGAAAACUGGAAGACAAAACCUGACUAUGUGAAACCAAAACUUGAGACCUACAAAAAUGCUGAUGUUCUGGUUGAACCGAAUCAACCCGGUAAUGAUGAGCCCUACACCGAGCAGGUCGGAAAGUGCGGAGAAAGGGGUGAAAAGAUUCAUUUCACUCCUGACUUCUUAGCGGGAAAGAAAUUGGAUCAAUACGGACCGCAAGGCAGGGUCUUUGUCCAUGAAUGGGCUCAUCUACAGUGGGGAGUAUUUGAUGAGUACAACAAGGAUGAGAAAUUCUACUUAUCCAAAGGAAAACCCCAGGCAGUAAGAUGUUCAAAAGAUAUUACUGGAGAACAUACAGCACUUAAGUGCCAGGGAGGCAGCUGUUUUGAAGGAAAAUGCAAAUUCAACAAAUUAACAGGAUUGUAUAAUAAAGAAUGUGAGUUCAUACCACAUAAGCAACAGACUGUGAAGACUUCCAUAAUGUUUGCACAAAGUAUUGAUUCUGUGGUUGGGUUCUGUACCAAAAAAAACCACAAUAAAGAAGCCCCAAACAUGCAAAACCAAAAAUGCAAUCUCCAGAGCACAUGGGAAGUGAUCAGCAACUCUGAAGACUUUAAGAAAACCACGCCUAUGACAACAAACCCACCCAACCCCACCUUCUCCUUGCUGCAGAUUGGACAAAGGGUCGUGUGUUUGGUCCUUGAUAAAUCUGGAAGCAUGGUGAAUGGUGACCGCCUUAACCGCAUGAAUCAAGCAGGCAAGCUUUUCCUGCUGCAGACUGUGGAGGACCGGACCUGGGUUGGGCUGGUGACAUUUGACAGUAGGGCCCAAGUACAAAGUGAACUGAGACAGAUAACAAGCAGCACGGACAGAGAUGCACUCUCCAAAAGGUUACCCACCAUAGCUUCCGGAGGAACGUCCAUCUGCACUGGCCUUCGAUCAGCAUUUACUGUGAUUAGGAAGAAAUACCCAACAGAUGGCUCUGAGAUUGUGCUGCUGACAGAUGGGGAGGACAACACUAUCAGCGGGUGCUUUAAUGAGGUGAAGCAAAGUGGAGCCAUAAUCCACACAGUCGCCCUAGGGCCCUCGGCAGCUAAAGAGCUGGAGCAGCUGGCUCAAAUGACAGGAGGUUUGCAGACAUAUGCUUCCGAUCAAGCUCAAAACAAUGGCCUCAUUGAUGCUUUUGGGGCCCUUUCCUCAGGAAAUGGAGCCGUCUCUCAGCGCUCCAUCCAGCUGGAGAGUAAGGGAUCAACCCUCAAGAACCUUCAGUGGAUGAAUGGCACAGUGACUGUGGAUAGCACAGUAGGAAAGGACACUUUGUUUCUUAUCACCUGGACAACGCAGCAGCCCCAAAUUUUUCUCUGGGACCCCAGUGGAACGAGACAGAAUGGUUUUGUAGUGGACACAGCCACCAAAAUGGCCUACCUCCAAGUCCCAGACAUUGCGAAGGUUGGCAAUUGGAAAUACAGUCUGCAAGCAAGCUCACAAACUGUCACUCUAACUGUCACCUCUCGUGCAUCAAGUGCUACCCUGCCUCCAAUUACAGUGACCUCCAGAAUGAACAAAGACACAGGCAGAUUCCCCAGUCCUAUGGUAGUCUAUGCAAAUAUUCGCCAGGGAAACUCACCAAUUCUCAGGGCCAGUGUCACAGCUGUGAUUGAAUCAGCAAAUGGAAAAACAGAUACCUUGGAAUUACUGGAUAAUGGAGCAGGUGCUGAUGCUACUAAGAAUGAUGGUGUCUACUCGAGGUAUUUUACAGCUUAUGAUACAAAUGGAAGAUACAGUGUGAAAAUAUGGGCCCUGGGAGGAAUUAAUACAGCUGGACAGAGGGCAGUGCCCCAGCCAAAUGGAGCCAUGUAUAUGCCUGGCUGGAUUGAGAAUGGUAAAAUAAAAUUGAAUCCACCAAGACUUGAAAAUAAUAAGACUGAUGUUCAAAAGAAACAAGUGUGUUUCAGCAGAACAUCGUCAGGAGGUUCGUUUGUGGCCUCCAAUGUCCCCAAAGCUCCCAUCCCUGACCUCUUCCCACCUUGUCAAAUCACCGACCUGAAGGCAAAGCUCCAUGGGUACAGCCUCAUCAACCUGACUUGGACAGCUCCUGGUGAUGAUUAUGAUCAUGGACAAGCUUCCAAGUAUAUCAUUCGAAUAAGUACAAGUAUUCUUGAUCUCAGAGACAAGUUCAAUGACUCAGUUCAAGUAAACACGACAGAUCUCAUUCCAAAGGAGGCCAACUCUGAGGAAAUCUUUGUGUUUGAACCAGAAAACAUUCCUUUUGAAAAUGGCACGGAUCUUUUCAUUGCUAUUAAGGCUGUUGACAAGGCCAAUCUGGAAUCCGAAAUAUCCAACAUUGCCCAAGUGUCUUUGUUUAUCCCUCCUGCUCCAGAGACACCUAGUCCUGAUGCUUCUACUGUUCCUUAUCCUAAUAUUAGUAUCAACAGCACCAUUCCUGGCAUUCACAUUUUAAAAAUCAUGUGGAAGUGGCUAGGGGAAUUGCAGCUGACGCUGGCCUAACACUGAAUUUUCAUGAGACAAGGAAAAUAAAUGAUCAUGCUAGUGAUUAGAACCUUUUCUAAAAUCUACUUCAGGCUUCCUGCAGGGGGCGAUAUAACAAAACGCUAAACAACUAGGAACACAAGUAUAUGUAUGCAUUCUCUCCCUUGAAAUCCAAAUGUUUAAUCAUUGUUAGGUCUUUUAAAAAUGAUUUUGAAUUCUAGAUAAAAGAAGCAUUUUUAUCAAUGUAAGAGGCUAUCUUUUAAAUCAGUUUUAAGAAGCUUUGCCUGCUAAAAAGGACAUGCAAUUGCUGUUAAUCUAAUGAGUAGCUAAACGAUUUUGUUUUCAUUUAAACGAUGCCAGAAAUGCCCAAGCUAAAUUAUAUAAAGCAUGACUUGUAAUAUAUGAGAUUAGGAAUGUGUCUUCAUGUUUCCAGAUCUGAGCAAGGAUACUACCUGUAAGGAAGGGUUUUGCAAUAUAGAAAGAGAUAACAGCAUGAAGGUUCCACACACAUGUAUGCUACAUGCAUGAAAUUACAAGUCAGUGAUGCUUAAAAACACAGUGGCAAGCGAUGCGGUGGGAAAGGUCCUCCAGGCCAGGAGGGAAGAGAACGUGUUUGAGAAAUAAACAUUUAUGUGUGCCUUGUACCAAG